CAAGGCUAUUAGAUCUGGGGGGUGGGCUGGGCGGUAUAUAUUGUGUACUUUCCCACUGUACUCCUAUAAAUGUCGAUUAAAGGUGGGGAUCGGUUGACUUAUUUUAUGGCUCAUGUCCGGGACUUCCUUAUUGGAAGGGGAUAUAAUAAUGCUCUUAGAUAUUCUGAACAAUGCUCUAAACGGACUCAACCACUUGCUUAUCCUCCCAAUGGCAUAAAUGACAAAAUAUCACAUAAUGAUUACUUUGCUCGAGAUGGGCGACGCGAAGUUAAGAAAUCUGUUGAUAUUUAUGUUUCUGGCCUGAAAAGGCUUGAAGCUGGGUCAGAGUCUAAACGUCCAAAUGUUCUAUCAAAGUCGGUUGGUGUUGUCCCGGGACAAAAGUUUAACUGGGACAAACCAGUAGGAUUGAAAUGAACUAGAUCAUUUGGCUUCUCUCGCUCCAACUAUUCAGUAGUUGAGUACAUAACGUGAUUUAGAUUCGUUUCACCCAACGUAAAGUGCUUUUUCUUGUUUUAGACUUCAUCCACUAAGUAUUACAUAGCCC